AUGCCUAUGCCGAACCGACAGAACAACGGGGUCUAGCUAGCGGGAGCUCGUGUACGGAGCGGGGUGAGGGGCACAAAGCCUCUCGCGCAUUCCACUUCCGGAAACUAGCUUGAGGUGACGGUUUGUUUUCGGUGGCGUCUCGAGCGGAAGCCGGUCGCCCGGUCAUGGCCAAACCGUUAUAGGUUGCUCUCAAAUGCGUGGAAACGAGCUGUCGCGCGAUGUCCGUGUUGUGCGCGAGCAGCUCGGGCUGGCUGCUGGACGCGCGCGCGCUCAUCGACCGGGGCCACGCGACCUGCGUCCGGUGGACCGGUGGGCGAAAGUCGCACGUGAAGUGUAGCUUUAAAGAGCAGUGUUUUCAGGUCUUAACAAGCCACGGCUGCCAUGGCAACAGCGCCGCUUUGGAGGCGAAUAACACGGAAACGGUGGAGCGAACAGACAAACAGCCGAAGAAAAGAAAACGAAAACAAGGCGCACUCAAUCAGGGGGAAAUUGAUUCACAAGCCUUCCAUGAGAAGAUCAGAUCUGUCGUCCUGGAGGGAACCAAGUCUCUGCUGGAGUCCGCCCGAUCACUAGGAUACCUGAACGGACACGCGGAAACUGUGAAAGAGCCUGUCCCUUGCCAUGAAUGCAGCCUUGCGGCUCUCUGUGAGAUGGCUAAAGAGCUUCCUCUAGCGGAGGAUGAGGAGCAGCAGGAGUGCUCCCAGGCGCUUGCAACAGAAGGGGGCUCUACUUCACACGUGGACCUGUUCUCUCGCGUGACGGAGAACAAGGAGGACCGGGGCGCCGUGGUUUCUCUGAUGGGAGAGGAGUACGUCAUCCCCCCUCGCUCGGCUUUCCUGCUCUCCGACUUCACGAGAACGCAACCACUUGUCCAAUAUGGACGCAGAUAUGACCUCAUUGUAAUGGAUCCACCCUGGGAAAACAAAUCAGUGAAAAGGAGUCGCAGGUACAGUUCUCUGCCUUCGUCUCAGCUGAAACGGCUCCCCAUCCCCCUGUUGGCCUCUCCGGGCUGUUUGGUGGUUACCUGGGUAACGAACCGCCCCAGCCACCGGCGCUUCGUCCGCGAGGAGCUGUAUCCACACUGGGGGGUGCAAGUUGUGGCCGAAUGGUUCUGGGUCAAGGUCACCACCUCUGGGCAGCUUGUGUUUCCUCUAGAUUCCCCGCACAAGAAGCCGUACGAGACGCUGGUGCUCGGUCGAUAUCGCCCUCCUGCCGAUACCCCCGAGAGCUCCUCGGACGUAGCCGAGCCUCCAGUGGAAGACGGGCGCUUGAUCGUCAGCGUGCCCUCGGUCCUGCACUCCCACAAGCCCUCCCUGUCGGAUUCCCCGCACAAGAAGCCGUACGAGACGCUGGUGCUCGGUCGAUAUCGCCCUCCUGCCGAUACCCCCGAGAGCUCCUCGGACGUAGCCGAGCCUCCGGUGGAAGACGGGCGCUUGAUCGUCAGCGUGCCCUCGGUCCUGCACUCCCACAAGCCCUCCCUGUCGGAGGUGCUGAGGCCUUACGUGAGGGCUGAGGCCAGGCGUCUGGAGCUGUUCGCCCGAAACCUGCAGCCGGGCUGGACCAGCUGGGGGAACGAGGUGCUCAAGUUCCAGCACACGGGCUACUUCACGCUGACGCCUUCGGACGAUCCCAGACCCGGGACGGAUCCCCCGGGGGGGGCGGACCCAGACCCCCCACAGCCGGGCUCACCCGGGAAAACCUCCCUGCCUCAGCCGUGACCUCGUGAGUGGCGUUCAACACCUGUCGCUUCGCUUUUCCACCCUUUUUUAAAUAAAGACUCUGCACC